AUCGUGACGGUCAAACGAAAAGGUUAACAAAAUUGUGGAAGCUAAAGAAAAUAUAAAACGGCCUUAAAGUCUUGCGAACGAAUUUUAUUAAUAAGAAAAAAAAGUACGAAAUUGAGAAAAAAACAAAUAAAAUCUCUUCGAUAAACAAAUUUGUAUAGCGAAUCAUUGAUUAUUUUAAUAUAAAUUGUUUAAAAAUACGCUUUAGUAAACACAAGUCGAUACAACUGACAACAGUAACGAAAAAAAAAAUUUACAAGAUUGUUCUAACCGGAUUUAUUGUUAAAAUAGUAAAAAAAAAACAUCAAACAAAAAAAUUAUAUAUUUUUUACAGCAGCAAAAACAAAUCUAGAAAAUAAAAUUACUAAGUAAAACAAAAGACUUAAGAAACAAACCUGCCAUGCUGUGUCAACUACAGAGCAACAAUAACCAUCCGCGCCGCCGCCUCAACUGCAACAACAGAAGGUGGCAGGUGGCCACAAUUGUGCAACUGCUUUUAGUCACAUUAUUUAUAAAUGCGAUUUAUGCACAAGAGUCUGCCUCACCCGAAUUUGCACCCCAUGUCUCGGCCACCUGUAAAGCGGGCACCAUGAACAUUAAAGUCAAAUUGGAUGGACCCUAUACGGGUGCAGUACAUGCCCGUGAUCAUCGUACACCAGCUUGUAUGGCCAUGGGCGAUGGUUCAGAUUCAGUGGGUUUCAGUAUCAAUAUUUUAGCCAAACAGGGUUCGCCAGACUAUUGUGGUGUUUUGGUCAGCAACGUGAGUGGAUACAAUAAUCGCACCGAAGAAAGAUCUAUACAAUUGGCGGUAAGAGUUCACAAAACUUUGGAAUUGGCAGAUGAUAAAUUUUAUGUGAUCACUUGUGGCAAGGCGGGUUUUGGAAGGGAUGACAACGCACAUGUAGUUUUGAAAUUCUUGCAGAAUGAUCGACGUGUAAGAGAAACGGUUUAUGGUCAUGAAUAUAAAAUACGUGCCGAGUUUACUAAGCCAAAUGGCACCCAUGGCAUACGUGUGGGCAACUGUUUAGCUUUUGAUAAGAAAAAUCUAAGUUUGCCUUUGAUUGAUGAAAGAGGCUGCCCCUUGGAUCCUGCCAUUAUCUCACGUUUUGUACCCAGUGCCGAUGGUAACUAUGCUGAAGCCACCAUGAAAUCUAUGUUCAAAUUCCCUGAAGGUUCCGAAGUUCAUUUGCAAUGUGAUGUUAUCCAAUGUUUUGGACGCUGUAUCGAUGAGGAAGAUUGUAAUCAAGUAGCCAUAGCUAGUGCUGGUUAUACCAAAGGCUCUUCCGGACCACCUAGAAAAACCUAUCCAAACGAAGAAGGCCAAAGUAUUGCAGGAACAACAGUAUUUGUCUUAGAUCCCGCAGAAGCACCUUACACUGCCGCUGACUGUGAAGAAGGCAUACGACCAACCUGGUUAUUAUGGCUGGCCAUUACCCUGGGUGUUUUAUUCCUCAUUAUGUUGUUGAUGAACAUAUUCCUUUGCACAGCCAUGAGUUGUAGUUGUGCCAAUACAGAGAUAAUUGAAAAGGAGCCAUCCAUUAUUGAAGAAUAUGAUCCCUAUAGAAGUUGGCAUGGUAGUCAAUAUGGUUCACGUUACUCACUGCAUGGACGUGAUGCUCACAAAGGUUAUACCAGUGGCGGUUCAACUAUACAUUCGAAUAGGUCAAUACCAAUUGAUAAUGAUCACUAUGCCAUUGUACACUCACGUCCUGGCUCAAGGCAUUCCGGUGUACAAGGAACCCGUGCUCGAGGACCAACUACGACAAGUUGAAUUGAAAAAAAACAAAUAUAAUAAAUUUUUGUUUAAAUAAAAUAAAAUUAAAUUAUGUAAAUAAGCGACAAAGUUUAUAAAAAAACAAAAAUAUUUAAAUUUAAGUUAAAAUUGAAAAUUGUGCGUUCAAAACGAAACUAAGGUGGGGUUAAAAGCUUAGAUAUUUUUUUAUAUUUUAAAAGAAAUUGAAAACUUCCGGUAUAUGGUAAAUAAGCUUUUAUUUUGAAAACAAGCUUUUAAAAUUAUUAUUUUAAACUUAUGAACGUUUUAACAUGUAAAGCUUGCAAAACAACUUUUAAGCUUUAAUAAUUUAAAAGCUUUUUUAAAAUGAAUUUCUUAAGUUUGUGGCUAAAGUUUUAAACAAAAGCUUUUUUUAUCAAAUACCUGACAUUUGCAGUUAAAAUUUAAACAAUUUAUCUAAGCUUUCACAAAAGCUCUCCCAUUUUCUUUGUUGUUAUUGGCAGAGUUGUAUGUAAAUUUUGAUUUAGAAAAGUAAAAUAUGUCGCAAAAAAAUUGGCUUCAAUAUUUUUUUUUUCACUUAUAAAUAAAAUUUAUUAAUUAACUUUUCUAAUAAUUAUUUACUUUUGUAUUAUAUAUUAAAUAUUAUUUUUAUUUUAUUAAUUAAACAUUUAAAAUUUUCUAAUUUAUAAGAACUAAAAAAUUUAUUAAAAAUUUUUUUAUUUUGUAUUUAAUUCCAAUAAAAUUAAGUCAUUAGUAAACAUAAGUUUUAAGUAUUUUAAAACAAAAGCAAACAAAAAAUUAAAAAGAAAACAAUUUAAUAAAAAACUAAUUUUUGUAAAA